AUGGUGUCACAGAGCACCAGUGUCACGCGCAGCGCCCUGUCUCGGCCGAGGUGCCUUGGUCGCAGGGCCGCAGCACGCCACGUGGUCACUGCAGCGGCCGAGCAUGAGCAGCAGCACGGCCAGCAGCAGCAGAUCCCCCAGCAAUUGCGGCACCAUCAGCAGCCUGUCAAGACCGCCGGCUCUCGUGCGACGGGCGCUGCUGUGGCGGCGGCGCCGCUGCUGGCCCUUGCCGCCGCUGGCGCCGCGUGGGCUGAGGAGGAUGGCCCCCAGUAUGCCUACCCUGCGCCCGACGAUCCGGUUGUCACCAUCAUGUUCACGGCCGCCAUCGGCCUGCUGUCCAUCGUGACGCUCGGGGUCAUCUACCUGGCAGUGCUGUCCUUCAUCGACAGCAACCAGGAGAAGAAGGACCAGGAGCAGGGGCCGCCCAUGACGCUGGCCGAGCAGCAGGAGGCACAAAAGCUGAAAGCGGAGGCAGCGGAGAAGAAGCGGGUGCGCAGAACUGUGGACAAGACCAAGGGAUUUGGCAACUGA